UUGUCUUAACCCCCCCCCCAAAUCAACAACAAAACAGUAUUCCAAAACGCUUCAAAAAACUUGCAGACGCAACAACAACAACAUGGCAUCUUCUGAAGAGCCCAAGUUCGAGGGCUGGGUCGGCCUAGACAAGGACGCCGCCAAGGGCAACAUGGUCUGGCAGAGCUACGACGUCAAGCCGUGGGAGGAGACAGACAUUGACAUCAAAAUCACACACUGCGGCAUCUGCGGCUCCGAUCUGCACAAGCUUCGAUCUGGCUGGGGCCCAACCGAAUACCCCAUCGUCGUCGGCCACGAAAUCGUCGGCACCGCCGUCCGCGUCGGCUCCGUCGCCGCCGCCCAGACGGGCAUCAAGGUGGGCGACCGCGUCGGCGUCGGCGCCCAGAGCGACUCGUGCCAGUGCCGCCGCCCGCCCGAGACGGUCGAGGACCACUCGGGCUGCGAGGCCUGCGCCUCGGGCAACGAGGUCUACUGCCCGCGCAUCACGCCCACGUACGGCGGCACGUACAUCACGCGGGCCGGCGGCAAGAGCAUGGGCGGCUACGCCCGCUUCCACCGCUGCCCGGCCAAGUUCGCCUUCAAGCUGCCCGACAACCUGCCGAGCGAGCACGCGGCGCCCAUGAUGUGCGCCGGCAUCACCGUCUUCUCGCCGCUGGCGCACUUUGGGAACCGCGGCGAGGGCCCGCUGGAGCAGAGGCUCAAGGGCCUGUCCGUGGGCGUGCUGGGCGUCGGCGGCCUGGGCCAUUUCGGCAUCUUGUUUGCGAAAGCCAUGGGCGCGGAGCGUGUCGUGGCCGUCUCGCGGCGUGCGGACAAGCGCGCUGAUGCCCUCGCCCUCGGCGCCGACGAGUACAUUGCCACGGCCGAGGACGACGACUGGGCCACCAAGCACGCCCGCUCCCUCGACCUCAUCGUCAGCUCCAUCUCCAGCUCCAACAUGCCCUUGACCGAGUACAUUGGCCUGCUGAAGCGCGACGGCGUCUUUGUCCAGCUGGGGCUGCCCGACGACGGCCUGUUCAAGGUCGGGGCCGCGCCGUUUGCCUUUGGCCGCCGCAGCUUGACCGGCAGCUUGAUGGGGUCGCCGCAUGAGAUUCGCGAGAUGCUGCAGCUUGCGGCGGAUAAGGGCAUCAAGCCGUGGGUUGAGCUGUGGCCGAUGAGCGAGGCGAAUAAGGCCAUUGUUGAGAUGGAUGCGGGCAAGGCAAAGUAUCGCUAUGUGUUGGUGAAUGACGAGUAA